AUGCAUCCCUUUCACCUAGAAGACCACACCUCUGACUCUGCUGGCCUGAUUUCUCACCGAGUUGGAUGUGCGGCACAGGAACUGGGGCAAAUGCUGUUAUCUGAGCUUGGUCUGAUGGAGAUGACAGAUGUUGACUAUUCACACUUUCAACACUUCAUCCAAGCACACGUGGACACUCAGACUGGGGCUGAGUCCAGACCUCACUCUGCUGCAGUGAUGGUUGAAGACACUACUGUGAUCUCUCCGUUUAUAUCCACUCAAGCAAUUGACUUGUCAACUACUUGUGAUGACCACUAUGAGGUGAUGUCAGGGGAACAGACACCAGUGUCUUAUGGCGAGGUUCCCAGUUUUGUGCUGGCCAAAGUCAACAGUGAAGGAGGACAGUGUGAAGCACCUGCCAAAGUCCUUCAACAGUCAGCAGAGGUUCAAGAGGCAGUUCAGCCUCAGAAGGAGAUGUGUGCGAAACCUGACGGAGCAAAUUCUGUUGAGAUUUCAAGCAAUUAUCCAGUAGUUGGAGGUGUUUUUGAUCCUAACAUGUGUGGUCAGGUUAUUCCUGACGUGGUUGAACCUAACAAACAUCACGCGUUAAUCAUACCAAGUUUUGCUUUUAAUUUUCAUCCUGAGAGUCUCAUCACAAAAACUAUCAAUUCCAACUGCAUCAACCCAAGAGAAGAGCAGACGUUGGUGAACACUCAGAGAUAUGUAGCGACGCCUGCUGCCUACAAAAUUAAUUGCAGUAACCUGAGCUCUCAAUCCACAAAGGCUGCUAAAGCAGCUCCUGAAUCAGUCGGAGAGUCACAGCGCAGCAGCUGUAAAAGAGCUCGACCCGGUAUGCCGCUGAGCCUGCGCCGAGAGAGACACAACAGCAAGGAGAGGGAUCGCAGGAAGAUGAUGCGCUUGUGCUGUGAUGAACUGAACACGAUGGUGCCAUUUUGUAACUCUAAUACAGACAAAGUCACCACCCUGCAGCUGACCACCGCCUUCCUGAGAUACAUCAACAAAACAUGUGGAGACACAUUCAAAGAGGAAUUUCAGAAGAACUUCACCCAUGACAAAAGUAUGUUUCUUGUAGCCAGCUCUUCUUCAGACAAACAUUCCAUACAUCAAAAGAUGAAUGAGACACUCAGCAUUCCUCUUGGGGCGGAACAAUGA